GAGAACACGGUUAAUCUAAAAGCAUCAUUUGCGAGCACUGUCGAUAUUAAGUAAAAUCAUAUACAUAUAUUAAAUUACUAAAUUUAGAUAUAAUAAGUAUUAAAUAUGUCGGAGGAAACAAACAGUAGCACGUCUAAAUUAACAAUAGCCCAAAGAUCCCGCAUUGAACGCAACCAGGCAAAGGCAAAAAAAUUGAAGGAGGCCAAGCUCUGCUUGCACCCUUGCAAGGAUGUAAAAAUAUCUGACAACCGAAAUCAGACGGAUAACCCGUUUGAUACUGAUCCCAGUCAAACUUCCGUGAUAAAGGUUCAAGGCACUAAAUAUAUUGAUAGCGGCGGAGGUUUUCUGCUAGAACAGGCAGUGUUGCCGGGACAAGGCACUAAGGACAAUACUGAUGUCAAAGCAUCGCCAAUCAUUGAUGAUGCAAUUGCCAUUCCGGUCCAAUAUGAGGAAUGUCUCGAUUGUGGAGAUCAAUUUGCAGAUUCGUACUUAUUUAAUAAUUUCGUUCAUUCUGUGUGCGACAAAUGCCGUGAUAAGGAUGCCGAAGAGCGAUAUACACUGAUCACACGCACUGAAGCUAAGGCCGAAUAUCUGCUAAAAGACUGUGACUUUGAUAAACGGGAGCCACCUCUGCGUUUUAUUAGCCGAAAGAAUCCCCACAACGUACGUUGGGGUGAAAUGAAGCUUUAUUUACACUCGCAAGUGCUUAAGCGAGCCAUGGAUGUGUGGGGUAGCGAGGAAGAGUUGGUACGCCAGCACGAAUUGCGAGAUGACAAACGUGAAAUGGGCAAAGCUCGAAAGUAUAAUAAACAAAUGAAACAAUUACGAAUGGAAGUCAGAAGCAGCAUUUAUACAAAAAAAACGUAUGCCGUGCAUCAACAUGAAUUUGGUCCCGAAACUUAUAAUGAAGAGGAAGAUAACUAUACUCAUACGUGUCUUACAUGUCCCCACUCCGAGACCUAUGAAAAAAUGUAGUUUGCGUUAUCUUUUUGCAAAUUCAGUUAUCCUAUCACAAAUAUAAUAAGCUUGAAGAGCGUAUUUCGUAAUAUAAAGUA